AUGGAAGACGACGCUCCUACCACUGAAGUUGCUGAGCCUGUCGUGACGGAGGCCACGCCCGCUGAGGAGGAGCCGGUGGCUGCUGCUCCCGCUGAGGAGGCGGCUCCAGCUGCCCAGGAGGAACAUGCAGCUCCAGAGGAGAGUAGAGAGGCGGAAUCUAAGGAGGAGGAGGCCAAACCCGAAGCAGAUAGCAAGGAGGAGUCAGCACAGGAGGCUCCAGCAGCCAAACACGACGAGGACGAGGCGAAAGAGGCCGAACCUGUGGGCGAGAGCGUCCAGGACAAAGUGGAAGUGCAGGCUUUACCCAUUCGCGCAUAUUUGGACCAAACCGUGGUGCCAAUUCUACUCCAGGGCAUGUCAGCGCUUGUGAAGGAGCGUCCACCCAAUCCGAUCGAGUGGUUGGCUGCUUACCUCCUCAAGAAUAACCCGCAAGGCUCCAGUGGCGGCGAAGCGAAGUAA